AUGGAACGGAAUGAAUGGAUGUACGAGCUGGGUCGUCACACAACUGAGUACCAAAAACAUUUGAAUGAUUUUAUGAAGGUGGCAGAAGAUGAUCGGGUGUUAAAUGGAAAUGAUAGAAUAUCAUGUCCUUGUGUAGAUUGUAAAAACUGUGAAAAAUACGAUGAAGCAAGAGUAAUAUAUCGACAUUUGGUGGUAAAGGGUUUUGUGCCUGGGUAUACUUGUUGGACAUAUCAUGGAGAAUCAUUGGUUGAUAGUGUUAUUUCUGAAGGCAACAUAAAUGAAAUUGGUGCAAACAAUAUCAAUGACGAUUCAUACGACAACAGUGAUCCUGAUAAUUUUACUCAAAUGUUUAAUGUAUUGGAAAAUGAGGUUGGUGAAAAUGAUAAUGUUGAUGAAAAUGAUAAAAAUAAUGAAGAUGAUAAUGGUGAUGCAAAUAAGAAUGAUGGAUUUCAACAAGUAUUUGCCGACUCAAAAGAAGACUUGUAUGAAGGUUGUAAAAAGUAUUCAAAACUUUCUGCGGUAUUGAGAUUGUUUAAUGUAAAAGCAAACCAUAAUUGGAGUGAUAAAAGCUUCAAAGAACUUUUAAAAGUCUUCCAUGACAUGCUCCCCGUAGGUAAUAAGUUGCCCGUUUCGCUAUAUGAAACAAAAAAAAUGUAUGAGCGUAAAAAACAAACGAAAGUUAGCGGUAAUGUGACGAAGAAUGGCCCGCCAGCUAAAGUUUUGUGGUAUUUUCCGAUCAUACCAAGACUAAAACGGUUAUUUGCAAGCCCGGAAGAUGCAAAAUUGUUGCGUUGGCAUGAGGAAGAACGUAAAAAGGAUGGAAAAUUAAGACAUGUGGCCGAUUCACCUCAAUGGAGGAAUAUAGAUCAUACAUUCGAUGAAUUCGGAAAUGAGAUCAGAAAUAUCAGAUUUGGACUUAGUUCAGAUGGAAUUAAUCCGUUUGGAAACAUGAGUAGCCGUCACAGCACUUGGCCCGUUCUUCUAUGCAUUUACAAUCUGCCACCUUGGUUAUGCAUGAAACCAAAAUAUAUUAUGAUGUCUUUAUUAAUUCAAGGUCCGAAACAACCUGGUAAUGAAAUUGAUGUGUAUUUGUCUCCGUUGAUUGACGACCUCAAAACAUUAUGGAGCCCGGGAGUUCAGGUUUAUGAUGGGUAUUUGCAUGAAAAUUUUCAGCAACGGGCCAUGAUUUUUUGCACUAUCAGUGAUUUCCCAGCAUAUGGGAACUUGUCAGGGUAUGGUACGAAAGUGGCUAAGGCGUGUCCCAUAUGCCAAGAUUACACAUGUUCAAGAUGGUUGAAAUAUUGUAAGAAAACAGUGUACAUGGGGCAUCCAUACUGUAACAUGGAUAACUUGUUCGACGGUUAUAGUGAAUUCGGAAGUCUGCCACCACCAUCCGACGGAGAAACUGUAUUUUCUCAGGUUGAAAACUUCCAGAAUGAGUUCGGGAAAACCAAAGACGGAUUUAAUGCUAGAAAAGACAUGGUCGAUAUGAAAAUACGACCAGAACUUGCUCCGCAGGAGAAUAGUGAUGGGAAGCGAACGUAUCUGCCAGCAGCUUGUUAUACCUUGUCAAAAGAUGAAUGA